AUCUUUCAUUUCCUUGCCCGAUGUCACCCGAGAACACGCAAGGCAAUGAUGGCGGCUCUCAGUGUGUCCCGAAGCAGCUUUGGACUGUUAAACGGUUUUAGGACGUCGUUUAGGACGUCUUUCAGGAGUUUGGGGCAAGUAAAACAUGGCGCAGUCGCUGCUGCAGUGCUACCGACGAACCUGCAACGGGACAGCCGCUGGUAUUCUGUCAGCCACCUGUCCGUUAAGGAAAGGAUUGACAAGAAACGGACGUCGGCGCUAGCCGGCGGAGGUCAGAUGAGAAUAGAUGCACAACACAAAAAGGGUAAGCUGACGGCCAGGGAGCGGGUGGAGCUUCUGCUGGACCCCGAGUCCUUUGUGGAGUCGGACAUGUUUGUGGAACAUCGCUGCUCCGACUUUGGCAUGGAGCAGGAUAGGAACAAGUUCCCAGGUGACAGCGUUGUGACAGGCAGAGGCAGGAUCAAUGGCAGGCUGGUUUAUGUAUUCAGUCAGGACUUCACAGUGUUUGGUGGCAGUCUGUCUGGAGCUCAUGCACAGAAGAUCUGUAAGAUUAUGGACCAGGCCAUGACAGUUGGAGCUCCGGUCAUCGGUUUGAACGACUCCGGAGGAGCACGGAUCCAGGAAGGAGUGGAGUCUCUGGCUGGAUAUGCAGAUAUAUUCCUGAGGAACGUAUUGGCUUCAGGAGUCGUCCCUCAGAUCUCGCUGAUCAUGGGUCCCUGUGCAGGAGGAGCCGUCUACUCCCCCGCCCUGACAGAUUUCACCUUCAUGGUGAAGGACACAUCAUACCUGUUCAUCACAGGACCUGACGUUGUGAAGUCUGUCACCAACGAAGACGUGACUCAAGAGGAGCUCGGUGGAGCCAAAACACACACCACCGUGUCUGGAGUGGCUCACCAUGCCUUUGAGAAUGACGUCGAAGCCUUGCUCAACAUGCGAGAGUUCUUCAAUUUCCUGCCGCUAAGCAAUAAGGAUCCCGCCCCCAUUAGGGAGUGCCACGACAGCAGCGAACGUCUGGUACACUCAUUGGACACCAUCGUCCCGUUUGAGACAACUAAAGCCUAUGACAUGUUGGACAUCGUUAAAACAAUAGUGGAUGAGAGCGACUUCUUUGAGAUCAUGCCCAACUACGCCAAAAACAUUGUGGUGGGAUUUGCCCGCAUGAAUGGACGCACUGUAGGCAUUGUGGGUAACCAGCCCAAAGUGGCUUCUGGUUGUUUGGACAUCAACUCCUCAGUGAAAGGAGCCCGCUUUGUACGCUUCUGCGAUGCCUUCAAUAUUCCCAUUAUCACCUUUGUGGAUGUGCCGGGCUUCCUGCCAGGUACGGCUCAGGAGUAUGGAGGCAUCAUCAGACACGGAGCCAAACUGCUGUAUGCCUUUGCAGAGGCCACCGUCCCGAAAAUAACCAUCAUCACCAGAAAGGCUUACGGAGGAGCCUAUGACGUGAUGAGCUCCAAACACUUGAGAGGAGACGUGAACUACGCCUGGCCCACAGCUGAGGUUGCUGUCAUGGGCGCCAAGGGUGCUGUUCAGAUUAUUUUCAGAGGAAAGGAGAACCAGGCGGAGGCGGAGGCCGAGUACGUGGAGAAGUUCGCCAACCCCUUCCCAGCUGCUGUCCGAGGUUUUGUGGAUGACAUAAUCGAGCCGUCGACCACUCGCAAGAAAAUCUGCAGAGAUCUGGAGGUCCUGGCCAGCAAGAAGCAGAUAAACCCCUGGAAGAAACACGCCAACAUUCCUCUGUGAAACACACCCAAACUGUUUCCACAUUAACACCACCUAACGGCUCGCGCCCAGGGAUUUUCCUCAUAUUGACUUUAAGUCCAAAAUGUAACUGAAGUGGUAUCCCGUGACGACAACUUGGACACUGCCAAGCACAUGUUUGUUUUCUUGUCAUUUUCCACUCCACUGAAAGCAGCACAUAAAGAGACACUCCCUGAUUUUGUCAGUGCUUAAUAGCAGCCCCAAAGUUCCCUUCCAGCUCACUGAUUAUGUUUUAAACUAUAAACUGUGAAAACAUUAACAUUAGGAUUCGGGGGAUAAUACUGCUCUGUAAACAAAAUCAGCACGUGUGUCUUUACAACCGUAGCAUUGAUGUGCAAAAUGUUGGUGGGAAAAUCACACAACUAAAGCCCAUGACAUUUUACAGUACCUAAACGUAAUAAUAUUGGUCACCACGAUGAAGGUAAAUUGUCAAGUCAGUAAUGGCCAUAUUGGUCACUUUUUGGGUAGGAUUUGACAUUUUGAGAACUGAAUUGUAUCUGAAAGGGCAGAUUACACAUCUCUGAUAAAACUACCAACUAAGAUCAUAGUCUGUUGCCAUGGACAGUGUUUCCAAUGUUGUGAAUGUACUGUAUUUAGUCGUUGAGGUUUCUGCUGUGUAUAGUAGUUUGUGCUUUCAGACACACUCCCUGUGUUUGGUGUCCUACGUUAAGGUAAAGAGAAGUCAUCCUUACAACCUGGAACUGUGCCUUUCUCUGGCAGGCUCUGCCAUUUGUAAAAUAAAUGGACUCAAUACCA